AUGAUAAACUGGAUAGCAAGAUUUGGAACUUCAGCGCGAAUAACAACAGAUCAAGGUCGACAGUUUGAAUUAGAUUUGUUCAAAAAACUAACAAAACUAACUGGGUCAGUACAUAUACGGACAACAGCGUAUUACUCAGCAGCAAAUGGCAUGAUAGAGAGGUUUCAUCGCCAGCUAAAAGCGUCAAUUAAGAGUCACCAGACGAAAGAGUGGGCAGACAUCCUUUCAGUAGUUCUUAUGGGUUUGAGGGCUUCAUGGAAAAAAGAUUUACAAGCCACCCCAGCGGAGAUGGUUUUUGCACCAGAGGAAGUGACAACAGAACAGCCGAAACCAACACCGAUACCUUUACCAAGCUCAACUCCAACACGAACGAGAAGUAAACGAAUAUCACAACUACCAAGUUCGGUAGAGACACAGACUACACCCUCCAGGCCUAAAGCAGACGCCAGCGUCCAAGCGAGUUCACCGAAGAACUCCGACGUUUCUUGGCCCAACACUCCAUCCGGAAACUCAGUGACACCACGUGCACCGCAAAGGAAAUCUCGGGGCAUCCACCCGAGGGUGCAAGAGGAAACCACAGUAGCUAUUCGAAGAGACCUCUGCCUCUGA